CACAGCCUCCGGGAAAGCGGAGGUCCGCGUGGCAGCCGCCUCUGCUCCAGGUUUUCCCCCGGAGCUAAAAAUGGCCGUCCCGGGGAACGUUCGUCGCUUCCAGCCGCCCGACCUCUCGCCUGACAUGGGAAUUUUUUAAUAGUUCUAGCGCCGUAAAAAGUAACGAUGAAGUAUAAAGUAGAUGAACCGCCAACCACUGGUGUGGCAAGACCUCGUUCCUGUCUUGUAACCGGCAAUCCGUCACCUAACAAGAUACACAAAGAGGAAGCUUCUCACAAAACCAGGAAUAACAAAACUGUUAAAAAUGAAGGGAAUAUUCUACGAAGGUCAUCCAGACGAGCAACCAUCGAACGCAGAGUUUGGGCUGUUCCCAAGAAGUCUUCUAAACCUGUUCCAUCAAAUGUCAAGGAGAGGAAUUUUCAGAAAUCUCUCAAGAAAGAGAGAGAGAAAAAAACACAAAAUAAACUGGAAGUUAAGAGUAUGACCAAAAUCAAAGCAUGUCAGGGCACUAAAAGAGGCCUCAUCACUCCAGAGGAGGCUGGAAAUGCAAGAAGAAAGGUUAAGAAAAAAGAUGAUGUAAAAGAUGUAGGUGUAAAUAGGGAGACUGUGAGGGAGGACUUACUAAUAGCUGAGAAUAUAAAAAAGGAGAAAGUGACCUUUGUAUCUGUAGAAAAUAAUCUGAAAGAGGAUGCAGAAACUGAAUACAAAUCCGAAAACAGAGUGAUAUGCAUAGAUAAUAAGUCCAGUAUUGAUUGCAAAAAUAUUUGUGCAAAUACAUCUAAGUGUAUUGACAAUGAUGAAAGAACAGGUAUUCCUUGUGUUGCUUAUUUGGAAGAAGGCUGUAAAAAAAUGAGUUCAAGUACUUUAUGUAAUGAUGUAGUUGAUAAGAGUAGAGGAAUAGAGGAAACAUUGUGUACUGACGAUGUGUGUCUUAAUAAAGCAAUUGUUGAAGAGGUAAUUCCUGACUAUCAUGUUUCAGAUUCUCAGUCUGUUGAAGUAGUCGGUAAUUCUGGUAGUGAAGAGGGUUUUUCCGAAGAUGAUAAUUCCAGUGAGGCAUUUAGAAACAUAGAGGAUGUACUUGGUCACUCAUACAGUAAAACCAAGUCAAGUGUUCAAUCUGCUAAAGAUUCUGAAGCAGAGAAACAUGACAGUGAUGACUCUGAAGAAGUGAUAGAAAGAUGUGCUGAAAGAGUUGAGAAUCACAGUACAGAAAGGCUAUGUAGUGACCAACAAAUAGAAAAAUCACAAUUUCAGUGUGUGGAAGUAUCUGAGACGAGAGAGAUACCUUUACCAGAUGUGGGAGGGCGAGAGGUCACAGGCACUUGUAAAAAACCUAAGUAUAAUACAUGUACUAAAAGUAAUUUUCAAGAAAUAUGUCAAAACAGUGAGAGUCUAGAAGAACACAGUGAAGUGACAGAAGGACAAAUUAAAAACAAUAUUUUGGAAAAUUCUUUAGCUUCUAGGGAUAGUAUAUACAUAAAAAAUACUCUCAUACCAGAAAAGGACACAUGUAGAUUACUGGAUAGCAUAACUAAACAAUUUUGUACACAAAGUGAAAGUAGCAAGGCUGUGGUUCCCAUAGAGCAAGGUGAGACAGCACCGCAGCAUGACAGUGACGAGGAGGACCAUGUGUCUCUGAGUGUGGCUCUUGCUCAACUUGUUGAUUCUGGUUGUAGUGAUGAUGCUGAAGGUACAGAGACAGUCACCAUUCACUCUGCUGCAUCUGUGGUGCAAGUGGCAGAGCAGGAGACAGGGCCAAUAGUGCCAUUGGAGCUCAGUUCAAAAGAUAGAGACAGAGAAAAACUUGAAAUUCAAGAUGAUGAUGUUGACGAUGAAGAAGGGGACUUGGUUAUCAAAGAGGAGGAGGAGGACGACGAAAAUGGUGAGGCAGACCAUGACAAAGAUGAUAGCAUUGAGAGUAGUGACGACAAUACCCAUGAAAAUGAAGAGGAUUCAAAUGCAACAACAGAUGGCAAUGGAGACUCCAACACUCAGAGAGGUAUUUAUUGUGUGAGUCAAGAAAAGUUAUCAGAAGUAUGCACAGAUACGCAAUGUGAAAAUGAUAAGGAUUUGGAUGAAGACCCUCAAUCCCCACCACAGAAGCCAAAGAAGCAAAUUCCACCUUUAAUUAAGAUUAGCUCAAGACCACCAGCUAUCAAAACUCCUCUGAAGUGUCCUGAAUGCCCCAUGCAGUUCUGCACUGUACGGUCACUGCUAUGGCAUUUUGGUACCCACGGAGCACGAUCACGAGAAAACUGUUUGCCUCCCAUUCUCCUGCAAGAUUUAAUUGUUCCAUGGGAUAAACCCACUGUAUCAUUAUUUAUAUCACAGUCUCCAGAUAAUGAUAAAAAUUUAGAAAAAGGAGCAGGCUUUACAGAAACGAUGUUUUCAACAUCAUUUUCAGAUUCAACCGUCAAGAUGGAUUCACUGAGUAAACAGGAUAUGACAGUGACAGCACAGGUAAUAAGAACAGAAGAUUAUAUGGGUACUAAUGGAGAUGUUAUCCUCAAAGUACCAAUCCCAAGAUUAAAGCCCAAGACUCCUCAUCCUCCAACUUUUAUUUUUAAGAAAGAUAAAUUUGUCAACAUCUUGCCAAAAAUCACAACUACUGAUGGGCAAACUACAACCCAUUCCACUCAAGUCAAUUCACAUCCUGUACGAAGACUUUCCAGUUCUCCUACACCACAGAUAACUAUACAACCACAGAACAGUAGAUCUGUUGAUGUGGUGUCAGUAAAACCACAACAUCAGGUUCCAAAAAUCACAAUCAGAACUGAUAGUUCUUCACAGCAAGUUCAGAUUCAUCCAGCAGUAUCAUCUCAUUCCUCAGUUCAAAUUCAGCCUUUAGUGUCAUCAUCACAGUCAACCCUUCAGAUCCAGCCAUUGGUAUCAUCCUCUCAUUCAGCAGUCCAUAUUCAGCCACUAGUAUCGUCAUCACAAUCAGCAGUCCAAAUCCAGCCAUUAGUUUCAUCUGCAGCAUCAGCAAUCCAAGUUCGGCCAGUUGUCACAAGUACGAAAGCCUCUUGUUCUGCUCCUAGUCACAUUGCUUUGAUACCCAUGGAUAACAUAACUGCAGUGGGACAAAACUUAAGCUCGAGAACAUCCAAAAUAAAUUCUUCUUCAAUAAGUUUGAUGACUUCAUCUCCGCUACCAGGAAAAACAUCUACUCCAGUUGAUAGUGUAAUGGAGAAGGAUGGUUUGGUGAUGAUAAAUUCUAACCUAGCUUUACGCAUUGUAUCUUCAUUGCCCAGCACUUUAGACACUGGCACUAGCACUACAAAUACCACUACUAUCCGGCCUAUUGCUAGUCACUUGACAAAUAAUCUCACUAUUCUACCACAGAUGGAUGGGAGCAAUCUAAUUAAUUCAAAAAAGGAGGGUACAAAAAAUCCUGAUAUUCUAACCAUUGUACCUCAAGUUGAUUUGAGUAAAAAGGUAUCUUUGCUGAAGACAGCAGCACCAAUUCCUAGUCCCCAGGUGGCAGGUGUGCCAAAACAGUCUGCUGCACCUUCUCAAGUUGUUAAAUUAUAUCUUCUACAACCCAAAGAUCCAAGAAGCAAUGAUAAUACAGUGAAAUUUAGCAUAGCCGAACCCUCUAGCAGAGUUAAUGGAAUUGAAGUACCAAUGCCAUUUCUAAGCGAGAAGGACAGAACACAGUGUGAACAUUUAUUUUCAAAAACUCUUGUGGAAUCUGAUGAUGAAGGAAUGGUAAUUGAUGACGAGAAAGAAGGUGAUGAAGAUAUGAUGGACCCUCUUAGUUUGUGUGCUGUGACAAUGGAAGAUGAAAAUUUGGAUAUUUCAAAUAGUUCUAACCAAGCUGGUCAGUAUAUUUCCAAUACAACUGUUGUUUCAGAUGAUAAAGUCACUAUAAAAAAGGUACCUGUUAAAUCAAAAGGAAAGAGCAUCCAAGGAGUUGAUAUUGUCAAGUAUGAAGCCAGAAGGUAUGUGUGUUGCUAUUGUAACAGAAGAUUUGGUUGGUCAACUGAUUUGAAACGACACGUAAUUCUUCAUACUGGUGAAAAGCCAUUUCAGUGUAAGAUAUGUCCAACAGCAUUCACAAGGAAAUUUCUUUUACAAAACCAUAUGAAAAGAAUGCACCCAGACAAAUGUAAAAUGUCAGACCUGUGGCCUUAGAAAAUAUUUGGCAUUUAUGGUCUUCUUUCAUGUUUAUCUUUUUUUAGCCAGUGUUUAUUGGCAUUAAUUGUAAGUGUUACAGACUUAACAUGCAAGAGUGAUGAUACUGAUGCUUGACAGUGCUGCUCAAGGGCAUUAAAACUCGCUAUACCCAUUAGUCAGAAUAUGAUAAAAAAAACUGUACAUGUUAUUACUUAGAUGCUAGUCAACAUAUCCUUUUGGAAUUCAGCAAGAGUAAUAUCAUGAAUGCUUGGGAGAGUCUACAUGAUGCCAGCCCAUCUGGGGAUGCCUGCAUGUGAUCAACCCAUCAGGAAAGGCCUUCAUAUAGCUACUCCAUCAAGGAGUUCCUACAUGUGGCUACCCCAUCUGGGAGACCCUACAUGGGGCUACCUAAUCAUGGGUAUUUUAUGUAUGGCUUCCCCAGCAGGGUUAUUCUAUAUGUGGCUACCCCAUCAGGUGAUGGGGUAGCUGUAUAUGUAUAUGGCUACCCCAUUAGUGGUAUCCUAUAUAUGGCUACCCCUUCAGUAACACUGUGUGUCCAGAUCAUCUGGAAAGGAAGUUCCCAGAGGGAGUGGAAGAAAAAAUAAAUUAGGAAAUUUUCACAAAUGUAAUUUGCCUGAAUUUGUAUCAUGAAUCAAACCAUUUUUUUAUUCCUCUAGGUAAAUCACAGUUUGGCAAAAAGUUUAUUCUGUUUUGAAUAAAGUUGACAAUUGUGACGUAAUUAUCUCAAGCAUAGUUUAUUCUAGUCUUAUAGAGUUCAUUGAUUAUAUAUACUGUAUACAGUAUAUGCACGUGUGUGCACGUGCAUCCAUAUGUAAACACACAUACAUAUACACACUGAAAUUGCAUAUACGCAUACAGUACAGGUAUGCAUACACAUAUACAUUUGUACAGUAUAUAUACAUAAUGUGAGCCUAAGCAGUUUUGUUUCAUCACAUUAAAUUUUUCAUAAAUGUAAUAAAUUUGAAUAGAAGUGAUGAAUGAUCGACACUUUGCUGACCACAUUGAGAAGACUAUAUUUUUUCACCUGCACGUUUAACCUGAGGCUCUGCUUAAGAACAUUAAUGCUGAAUGAAGAGGACUUUCCAUUAUUUGUGUGACUAGGGGCUUAAUUGUAAGAAUUGCAAUAUAUUUAGAAGCAAAUUCAUGAAUUAGCUUCAACUUUCUGGUGCUCUUUAUUGGAAAUAGCCAUUUGCAUAUUACCAAAGAUUCUUAAUCCAAAAUAUUUUUUUUUCUUCUUUUUAUCUUCAUACUAUAAACUUAGGGUGGAUGCCACCUAUGGUUAAAUGUACUUGUGUGUAGCAUAUGUUUGUUUUAUGCAAAUCAGCACAUACCUCUGUAAUUGUAUUUGCUUAUAAUGUAUAAUACGUUUAUGUAUUUGUUGAGCAUGUGCUUUCAUAUUUAUGCAUUUGAAUGUAUGUUCACUUUUCUUUAGACUGACACAUUUAACUUUUAAGUGGAGAUAUUACACAUUAUUUAUCAUCAGUCAAGAUGAAAUUUAUUUUUAGUUAAAAUAUAUUUGAUGACUGCCACCCAUGUUGCUUUAGAAAUAAUAUAUACAGUCUGGUAUGGAUGGUUGGAUUAUACCAGCAAAUGAAAGUUGAUUGCUCUUGCUUUUGAAUUAUGAAGAUUAUCUUGACUGUACUGUCUGUCUUUUUCACAACAUACACAAACUUGAGUGUGUUCACACCUCAAUCAACACAAUUCGAGGACAAACUGAGGGUUCACUAUUCAAUCACACAAAUAAUUAAGAGUGAACAUCGAGGGCGCACUGCUCAACCACAAAAAUUUGGAGCAAGUGUUCAGAGUUCGCUCAUAGUACAUUUGCAAUUUUGUUUUCAGUUUUAUAUUAAUUUUAAUCAAGAUUUGUUGCAUUUAAAACUGGGUUUAUGAUAGGUACAAAACCAGGUGCCUAUAAGUGAUUAUCUUCACCAUUAAAUAUCAUUAUACCUUUCGUAAUUUUAAUAUUUAUUGUACUUGAAUCUUUAAAAUAUUUAUAAUUUUUGUUAUGGUUGAAGUUGAUUCUUACAGACCUUGAAUAGCUCUUGCUUCAAAAUUCCAAAUUAUUCAUCAACUGGUUUUAACCUGUCCUAGCAAUGUUUUAUAUAUUUGCAUGUUAAAUUUUUACCUGUUAUCUGUUAUUUUUGUUUUCAUGCACAAGAAAACACCGUUCCUUACAAGAGUGCCACUUCUACAAGUUCACAGUGCAUGACUUGGAAUUCUGAUUACACUGUUCCAAAGAACCAUUGAAAAAUUUAAUUUUUUAAAACAUGUUUGUCAUAUACCCGAUUUUGUGUUGCUACCUCAGUGUUGGUAAAUAACAUGAAAUGAUUACACUGAUUGAAAUAACCCACUGAUUACAAAAGCAUGAUCAGGAUGAUAUUUCAGGUAUUCCAGACUCAAGUGUGAAGAUUGGGAAUAUUGUGGACCAUUCAAUAAUUUAAAAUUAUGAAGUAAUGCACUUGAUUAUGUUCUGUUUCUUUAGUACUGUAGUAGACUAUAUCAUGAAGUCAGGAAGAAUGUUUGAAAGGAAUCUCGGUACAAUAUUGAAUAUUUUUGUUAAGCAGGAUUCAUGAAAUGCAAUUAAGACCCUGUUUAACUCUUAACCAUUAGGAAUUCUUUAAGAAUAAUAAUGAAUAGUAUUUUUUUAUGUUUUCAGAAGAAUGGGGUUUGAAUUCAUGCUACCAAGUUAAUUAUGGCCCUUUUCCUUGUUCAGUCAUGUUGACGUUCUCGAUUAAAGAAGUUUAUAAGUUGUCAAUUUUGUGUAUUUUAUGUUCAAAUGUUUGAAGAUCUUUGAGACUUGCUAUUAAACUCUGGGUAUGUUUGUGUUGCUUUUAACAAGUGGAGGUCAUUACAUGCACCUUGUUCAUCGAGCUUUUAUCAAGUGAAGGUCAUUGCUUUUAUCACGGUCAUCGUGCAUACAGUUGUUAAAUGUUAUUUGGCGAUGGAUGGCUAGAAAAUUGUUGGCCCGUAAAAAAUUAAAUUUAAGUUGAUGCAAUAUUGUCAUACAAUGCAAACUCUAUGCUGUGUAUGUUAUAGUAUCAUUAACCAAUUUAUGUUGAGAGAUUUACUGUACGUACUUUAUUAUGCUUUAUAAUUUUAUACUAAUACGGUAGAUAUACAAUAAUAACUUUUAAAGUAAAGGCACAUUUUUCUUAGUUUAUUUUUAAAAUAAAGUACGACAAUGAAACUUGGCAAUUUAAAAUGUUUAUUUUAUUUUUAAUCAAAUUAAAAUUACUACUUAAUAAAAUUAAAAAUUGCUAUUUUUAAUUAUAGUAAUUUUAGGUUUGCUAAUGCAAUAGACACCACAUUCACAGGGUUAACUCCUUGGGGUCAACUGUGAUUUUCCUAACUUAAAACUGCAUUUGUUUCUAGGAAUUUAUUGAGAAAAGCAAAAUUUAUAAGUUGAAUUUUUUACCUGACCUUCCCGUAAAAACAAAAGCACUGACUACAAAACUUAGGAUAGCUGACUGCAUAAUUUUUUAGAUUGUGCAGGUUCUCGGUAGUUUUAAAUUGACUUCUUCAGUCUUCGGCAGACUUCCCUGAGAGGGGAACUUGGUUUGUUUGAUAUUUUAUCCAGACUUGAUCUGCUCUUCAUGUUUGGGAUUCCUCACUGUCCUGAAGUCAGAGCUUUAGCAUAGCUUCCUACAUUUUGUAUGGUCUCCUUGUUCUUUCAGUAUAACCCAUCUAGUACGACUACUUUAGCAAAGUUUAGCUGGUCAAUUUUUCUUUUUUUCCUCUUCCUCAUCUAGUGACAGUAGUGAUUCAUAAUCAUCUGUGUGAAAGUAUAGAUAUUUGGAUAGGCCUCCAAAUUGCAGGGAUGUAUGCAACAUGCAUGCAAAUGGUGAAGUAUUAUACUGAGUGGUGAGCAAGACAGCUACAUGCACCGAGAGCUCUUAACUGACUGGCCAUACAUCAACAGGCCACCCACCUACUUGAACAAACCCUACAUUUCAAGGUGAGAUGAAUGAAUUAGAAUACUGUAUUAAGAUAGAAAUUGUUUAACUAUAAAGGUGGUGGUUCAUGAAUUGUGGAUAUAGUGAAUUACCUGGUGCCUACUAUAUUGUACAUUUUUGUAGGCCUUACUUUAGCAAAUUGAAUUUAUUUUUCUGAUCAUUAUAAAUUGCAAUAUGUAAUAUGUAUUUUAACAAAAUAGAUGAGUAUUCUCUAUAUUUAUUAUUUUUACUCGAAUAUUAAUUGAAAUACAGGUAUUUGUAAAGCAAAUGUUGUUGUGAGGUUUAAUAUGAAUCCUCUUCACAAGGUACCAGAACUUAGUGUCUUAGUCCACUGGACCAUCCCAAUAUGUAAUUUUGUACACAUUAGGAAACUGCAAGGUGGCUCGUAAGUGAAGUUUAUAUACAAGUUUCCAUUUAAUGUAUGUUUUAGUACUAUUCCUAAGUAUAAUGUAAUAUUGUGUGCCAAAAUUAUCAAUAUUAUAAUACCAAUGUUUAAGGUUAUGUGGUAUACAAAAAGAAUGCCAGUUGGGUAACUAGUCUCAAAAUGUAUAGGUGAAAACAUUAAAGAAAAUUCAAUAAAGUAAGUUAAGUAAUAAAACACAAAAUGCAUGAUUGAUAGUAACACAAGUUAGAGAUUUUUUAUUAUAAUUUGUUUUUUAAAUUUGGUUAUUUUCACUGUACACUAUAUGUACUGUACUGUAGUAAUGAAACAAAUAUAGGCAAUUUUAGUAUUGAAUUGUCAACAAUUAUGAGGGAUGCUCUACUUGGAUGACUGCAUGCUAAAAACUGUAGACAUACACAUGCAUACACAAGUAUGUUCACUUAAUAUUCAUGUCAAUUUGAUAGACAUGAGUUAGGGGGAAGGACACAGUAUCUAGUUCCUGCUGAAGUACAGAGGUUGAAAUGUGAAUUGGGGUUAUAAUGAUCUUCCAUAACCUAUUUGUUUUUCCAAAUAGGUUAUUUGCAUGCAUUUCCAAUUCUGACUAAACAGAUCAAACACCCUACACUCCCACCAUAAUGCCACAUAAAAAUUUAGCAAUUUCUCACAAUAUCAAUACCCCAGGCACACUAUGUACAGUAUAUUACACACAGUAGGAUGCAGAUUCAAGCUAUGGAAACAAAGGUGCUGAAAAAUAUUAUGAAGUUUUCUUUUGCAAACAGAGUAGUAGACGUUUGGAAAGAGUUAAGUGAGAAGGUGGUGGAAGCCAAAGCCAUUAGUAGUUUCAAAGCAUUAUAUGAUAAAGAGUACCGGGAGGACGGGACACCACGAGCGUAGCUCUCAUCCUGUGACUACACCUAGGUAAUUACACAUUCACAUUGAUCUAGAUAAAAUAAAUGCUUGGAGCACCAUGUAGCAAAUGGAAUUAAAUGUGAAUAAGUGCCAUGAUAUGGAAUGUGGAAUUUGAAAAAAUGGACCACACACAACCUACAAAUUAUGUUGAAAUGACUUGUAUGAUCAGCUUUUCCCUUGUUUUUUAAAGUCAGAAACAC